UCGCCGUCGCGCUCGAGAUGGACGCGGACGAACGCCUCGCGCGCGGCGACGCGCUCGUGAAGAGCUUGGAGAAGGCCGGGUGCGCGCACGCGGUCUGUCUCAAGGCGACGCGCGACGCGGGCGUCGGCGUGUUCGCCGCGCGCGACGUCGAGGGCGGCGGCGUCCUCGUGCGAUGCCCAGUCGCUCACGCGUGGUACGCGCGCGACGGCGACGAGUUCGACGACGCGAUCGACGCCCUGAGGGUGGACGGCGAGCCGCUCGACGCUCGCGAGCGUCUGCAGCUCCAUCUCUUGAACGAACGCGCGCGCUCAGACGUCGACAAGGCGCCCGCGUCCGAUGAGAAUCUCGUCCAAAUUUCCCGCGCGCGCUACGUCCUCUCCCUCCCCGGCGCCGAGCUCGUGAACGCGCUCCCGAUCGGGUGGUCGGACGAGGACAUCGAACGCCGCCUCCGCGGCGACCUCUUAUCCCGCACGCGAGCGACGCUGGCGCGCAUCCACGCCGUCGCGGACGCGAUCGCGAGGUCGCGAUCCAAGGCGUUCGGCGACGCCGACGACGCGUUCUUCGUCUUCUCCGUCGACGACCUCAAGUGGGCGCACGCGGUGUUCUGGUCGCGCGCGAUGACGCUGCGGUUCCCUAGGAAAGGCUUCACGGGAGGCGGCGACGUCGACGCGCUCGUGCCGCUGGUGGAUAUGUGCAACCACCGCGCCGGGAGCACGGCGACCCUCGAGAUUGUCGAAGACGACGCCGGCGACGCGUUUUACGAGCUUCGCGCGGGCGUCGCGACGAAAGCGGGCGACGAGGUCUUCAUCAACUACGGCGCGAAAGGGAACGAAGAGCUGUUGCGGUGCCACGGGUUCGUGAUCCCGAACAACCCGUGCGACGUCCUCGCGGUGGAUCUCCGAAAGUUGUGGCUGUGGAAGGGCGACGUGCAUUGGCGCGGCGACGUCGCGGCGUCGGAGGCGGAGGCGGAGGCGGCGCUCCGAGAGCGCGACCUGCCGACGCGCGCGUUUCUUCACCGCGCGGUGGACGGCGACGCGUUCGCGCUCCCGGACGCGAUGAUAUCCGCCGCGCGCUCGCGGUACGAGAUGGAGGACCCGCGGCCGGGGAGGGAGAAGGACGCGGAGAAGAGGUUGGAACGGCGCGCGUCCGCGGCGAUUAUUCGACUCGUCGGGGAAAUCUUCUCCCUCGUCGGCCGCGGCGACGAAACGGUCGACGUCGAGGCGUUAUGCAAGAAGGACUGUUCGGGCAUCGAGGCGACGGGCGAGAACGCGGACGUCGCGUGCGCGAUCGUCAGGAAGUCUGCGGUGGAGAUCUCCAACGCGGCGCUGCGAGCCGCGUUGGUAUGGCCGAGCGCGCUCGAGCCCGGGGGGGACCAAGCCGAAGACGCGUCUGAGAACGGCCCUGAGAAGGAUAAGAAACGCGCGAGGGAAGACGACGCGUGGGAGAGCGACUGAUCGUCUGGACGCGCGGCGCGCGAACGGUGCGGUGGUAGCAGAGGUAGCGUAGACGACGAGGUCGGGGCGACGGGGUGCGCUCGACGAGGACGAGUCGACGGUGGAACUUUUGGAUACUCUU